GAGGGUAGUCUUUGAGGCGGAGGCGUUAGAGAAAGGGGUCACUGCACGGAGAGAAGCUACAUGCUUUCGCUACAUGCCUUAUCCACGUGGCUUGAAGAAAAAAAAACAGGGGGAAUCCGGGCGCCACAGUGGCCAUUCUCCGGUGGCCGGAGCAUGUCACCCAGAAACGGCUCCCUCAGAGGCCAGUGGGGGCGGCUGGCGCGCGGCGCGCUUGAUGGCGCCGAGCAUGCUGGGAGGUGUGGUCCCGGCGCCACCCGAAGAUUCUGGGUAGUGUAGUCCUGGCGUCCUGCUGGAGUGGCCCCCGAGCUGGUGGUUCGAGUGACCCCUUGUUCUUUGGUGGCGCUGGUGAGUGUGGCUCCCACGGGCCCUCGCUGCAGCCGUGCCCUUCCCGCGCGGAAAGUGUCCUCUGCUUUGCUCCCCACACGCCUCAUCAGGAAUACCUGGCACCUUCCUCUUCCCUUGAUUCCUGCCCUUCCCUCAAGACCAAGUUCCUGGGCCUCUCAUGAAACCUUUCCUGAUGUCUGUAUUCCAGUGCACUCUCCAUUUUGAAAUAGUGUUGAGGCACACAUGGCAUUCAGAGAUGUGGCUGUGGAUUUCACCCAGGAGGAGUGGAUGCUGCUGAGCCCUGAUCAGAGGUCCCUGUACCGGGAGGUGAUGCUGGAGAACUACAGCAACCUGGUCUCGCUGGGGAUUCCAUUUUCUAAACCAAAACUCAUCACCCAGCUGGAGCAAGGGAAGGAAACCUGGAGAGAAGAGAGAAAAUGCCCACCGGCCACUGGCCCGGCAGAACCAAAGCCAGAACUCCACCUCGGUCCCUUCCGCCCUCCGGACUUCUCCAGUCAGCAGUUCCGCAUGCAGCACACGCUGUGUAGUCCCCCUCCCUGGAUCUUCACGUGCUGGUGUGCAGAAGAGCCUGUCCGGCCAGGAGAUCCGUGCCCUGGGGACCAGCAGCAGCAGCAGCAAGCCUCUGAUGGAAGUCCCUGGAACGAUAACGCAGAAGGUCAGGAGAGAGAAGGCACCCAGCCUUUGUUUGGAAGGACAAAGAAAAGGACUUCAGGUGCGUUCCCCAGGCUGCCACCCCAGCAGCAGCCGGUCAGCUCUGGGGGUGGCAUCCAAGGCGUGGAGGUAGCGGCCAGCCCAGCUCAGACGGGGAACCCCGAGGAAACAGACAGACUGUUGAAGAGGAUAGAAGUCUUAGGAUUUGGCACAGUCAACUGUGGGGAGUGUGGACUGGGCUUCAGCAAAAUGACAAACCUGCUCAGUCACCAGAGGAUACACUCAGGGGAGAAGCCGUAUGUGUGCGCGGUGUGUGAGAAGGGCUUUAGCCUAAAGAAAAGCCUUGCCAGACACCAGAAGGCACACUCGGGGGAGAAGCCCAUCGUGUGCAGGGAGUGUGGGCGAGGCUUUAACCGGAAGUCGACACUCAUCAUACACGAGAGGACACACUCAGGCGAGAAGCCUUACAUGUGCAGCGAGUGCGGGCGAGGCUUCAGCCAGAAGUCAAACCUCAUCAUACACCAGCGGACACACUCUGGGGAGAAGCCCUACGUGUGCCAGGAAUGUGGGAAAGGCUUCAGCCAGAAGUCAGCUGUUGUCAGACACCAGAGGACGCACUUGGAGGAGAAGACCAUCGUGUGCAGCGACUGUGGACUGGGCUUCAGCGACAGGUCGAACCUCAUCUCACACCAGAGGACACACUCCGGGGAGAAGCCUUAUGCCUGCAAGGAGUGUGGGCGGUGCUUCAGGCAGAGAACCACCCUUGUCAACCACCAGAGGACACACUCCAAGGAGAAGCCUUAUGUGUGUGGCGUGUGUGGGCACAGCUUCAGCCAGAAUUCAACCCUCAUCUCACACAGGCGGACACACACUGGGGAGAAGCCUUACGUGUGUGGGGUAUGUGGGCGAGGCUUCAGUCUCAAGUCACACCUCAACAGACACCAGAACAUACACUCAGGGGAUAAGCCCAUUGUGUGUAAGGACUGUGGGCGAGGCUUCAGCCAGCAGUCAAAUCUCAUCAGACACCAGAGGACACACUCAGGGGAAAAGCCCAUGGUGUGUGAGGAGUGCGGGCGAGGCUUCAGCCAGAAGUCAAACCUCGUUGCACACCAGAGGACACACUCAGGGGAAAAGCCGUACGUGUGCAGGGAGUGUGGGCGAGGUUUCAGUCACCAGGCAGGUCUCAUCCGGCACAGGCGGAAACACUCGAGGGAAAAGCCUUACACGUGCAGGCAGUGUGGACUCGGCUUUAGCAAUAAGUCAGCUUUAAUCACACACAAAUGGGUACACUUGGAAGAGAAGCCCUGUUUAUUCAGAGAGUGUGGCCAAGGCUUUCCCCAGAAGUCACACCUCAUCUUACAUCAGAUGACACACCAGGGCAAGAAGCCUUAUGUGUGCAAGACGUGUGGACAAGGCUUUAGCCAGAAGUCUCACCUCAGCAGACACAGGAGGAUGAAGUCCGCCCACCACAAACUGCGACUUCAGUCUGACCCUGAGGCCUACUCAGAGCAAUCUUCUGACCCCUUACACUCUCUUUGAGAGUGAAGAUGGUGGUGAGGACUGAAUAAUCAAACAUCUUACACUUUCAUGAAACGCAUUCCAUAAGUGGUCAAAGGACAUUUGACUUCAUUUACUUCCUCCAUGCUAAGUCUUCAUGUUUUGUGGUCUUUUGUUCUAAUAAACUGCUUCUUUACAAA